CUUGAAUCAGCUGUCUUGAAAAAAAAUAAAUAGGUUUUUUACUUUUUUUAAUUUUUAUGUACCCACGUGGCAAGUGAAUGCCUGAGAGAAAAAAUAAAAAAUGGAAGUACUCAAUGAAAAUGCAGCAUACUUGAGUAACUUUGAAGUUCUUAAACUUUUAAGAAAUAUGAAAAGUAGUGGAAAACUAAAUAAGGGCUCUGGAUUGGCAACAGUAACCUAUGAGACAAUAAAAUAUCUUGAAGAUACAGCAUGUCAACAUCAAACACCAGAAAAAAUGAAAGAAUUUUUAGCAAAAGUUGGUGAUUAUAAAUUAACAAAAUGUGAAAAAUUAAUGAUGGUUAAUACACCACCAAAAGAAAAAGUUGAAAUAGAUUGUAUUGUAGAAGAUGCAGAAGAUCGUUUCUCAACAGAAGAAUAUGAAGAUCUUCUUGGUCUUGUUGAAACUACUGUUGGUACACCACGAGCAUCAAACAAUGUUGAUGAAGAACCACCUGAAGAAUCUGAAGAGUUAUGUCAAGAACCUGCAGAUGAAAGCUAAUAUCAUUUAUUAAGAUAAUAUUGUUAUUAUUAUUUAUUACUGGAUAUCAAAUAAAAAUUUAAAUUAAAUUUUUUAUUUAUUUUAAAUAUCAAUCAACAAGAUC